UACAACUGAGAUAUGGGCUUACUGUUUUACUUGGCUAGGCAGUGUUUCAUAUGCCAUCUACAAUGUUUAUUUAAGUGGGCAAGUUUUUAGGUCAUAUAUUCUAGAAGAAUUCUUUUCUAGUAGUUGGCCACUGCUAAUGAGGAGCAAAGAUCAGUCAGAUUAUGAGUGGGCCAUAUGGACAGAUUUCCUGUCCAAAUCUUCUGUUUGGUUAAUGUGCAACAGUGUAGGGGCAGAAAUCAUUCGCUGGAUUUAUAAAGAGGCUAUUCCGGUGUGGUACAUUUUCGUCAGUGUUUGGUUCCUGGCUGUAAAUUUGGGACUAUGGCCCACAUUAUUUGCUUUUACAGCUCCAUGUAUCAUGUAUAUUCUGUCAGGAAGAAAAAGUCGAUGCUUGAUAUGGGGCCUUAUUUUGACUGGAAUGUUGCUACUGAGUUUUGAACAGUUUCAGUUAGUAUUUGAUCUUCCUGAUUAUUGGCAAUAUUUAUUUUCUGCGAGUCAAAGUUGGAUGUUAAUCCGAUGUGUUGCUUUUGCCAUGGAAAGAAUAAAUAAUGAAUCUACAAGUGUGAGUCCCGAGGAUCUGACUACAGGACUGGCGUACUGCCUUUACUUUCCCGCAUUCUUUUUGGGCCCAAUCAUUGGUUACCAGGAAUUCAAAAAGGGGAUAACAAAGCCAUUUUUACCAUGGAGAUGGAAGCACUGUUUGUUGAUUGUGUUAAAUUUAUUUCGAUUCUUAUGGUGGUGGCUAUUCACGGAAGUGGCCCUACAUUUCAUAUACAGCAAUGGUUUUGCCAUGCACCCUCAGAUUGUGAAACAUCUUGAUUCAUGGAGUUUUUAUGGAAUGGGCUACUGCAUGGGACAGUUUUUCAUGUUGAAGUAUGUGGUGGUGUAUGGUUUAAUCAGUACAGUUGCACAAAUUGCACAUAUUGAAGCACCUCGACACCCAAAGUGUAUCGCCCGAAUCUAUCUGUAUUCAGAUAUGUGGCGUUACUUUGAUCAAGGGCUCUACACAUUUCUAAAAAGGUAUAUUUAUGUCCCCUGCCUGGGAAGUAAUCCGGGCCUAUGGAGAAAACUGGCAUCAUCAUUUGUGUGCUUCUGCUUCAUUUUCUUAUGGCAUAAACCUUAUAUUUCCAUAUUUGUAUGGUCCUUUCUAAAUUUCCUUGGCGUUGCUAUAGAAAGGAUAUGCAAUGCCAUCAGUAAAACAGAAAGCUACAUGUUUAUGGAGGAUUCAUUAUUUCAGAGUCAGCAAAGCAAGAGAAGAUAUUAUGCUUUUAUUUCGACACCUUUGUUUCUAAUGUCAGCUUUUUCUAACUUUUAUUUUUUUGGUGAUGUGGAAAUUGGGAAUAUCUUCAUAAAAAGGUUCUUUGAAGGACCAAUACUUGUAACUGCAUCAUUGUUUACAUUUGCAUACUGCUGUUGUCAAGUUUCAAUGGAAAUAUCAAACAUGGAAGGAGGAAGAGGAAAGAAAUAGCUUUUAAUCUGUGGUAUAAUUUCAUGUCCAAGAUUGGGACUUUUUAUAGCCCAAAUUUGGUGGAAGUUGGAGAAGGAUUGGAAGAAAUAGAGAAAAAUGUGUGAAAGGCCCACUGAAACCAAAACCUCUAAUCAGGAUGUAAAAAUGAUUUUUAAAUGUAAAGAAAAGGUAGAUUUUCCUUGCUGUGAUAUUCUACAAUUACUAUAUUUUUAAUGCUUUUGUUAUUUUUAUAAUAAAAUUUCUAAUGUGA